AUGCGCCUCGACUCAGCCAUCGCGACUGCGCCGUCCAUGCGCCGCCAGCCGCGACCCGCCUCGGUCCUCGAAAUCUUCCACCGCUUCCAGCAGAAGCCCCCCGAGCGCGCGCGCGCCCAGCAGGCCCCCGUGCCCCUCCUGCACGCAUCUGCCACAUCCGAGGACUCCGCCACGCCCACACCCGACGCGACGCCCGACGCGCACGCAGUCGCAGUCGCCGCGGCGCUGCGCAUGCAGCGGGCUCUGGCUCUAGCGGCGGCAAGGUCCGGGAAGAAGGAGGCGACAGAUGGGACUGCGGGGCUGGGGGAGAAGGAGGACCUGAGGGAGAGGGCUUCUCGCACGCGCGCGCGCGGCCGUUCUGGACAGUGGCGGCCUAGCAACGCACAAGGGAUUCCGUGUCAGCCGCGUCUGGUGCGUCCUUGCGCCGCCCGGCUGCUCCUCCGUGCGUAUUUCCUGCGCAUUCCUCACUCCAUUUCCUCAUCCCCCUUUGCGCUGCUCACUCCUCCUGACGUCUCUACGCCACCGUACCAGCCCCAGGCACAAUAUCCCUGCCUCCCGCACCCGGUGCUUGUGCACCCCUUGCCUCGUUUGCACGGACAUCCCCCGGAUGCGGGCGCGACGGUUCGUCGCGAUCUCGUGUCUCCCGCGUCUCCCUCGCGACCCAGUGUCAGAUACGCGGCAGGAGAUACGCGGUGGGAGGAUGGCCGCGCGUCUGCUCACCCCUCGCGCUGGGUCGCGUCCAGGACACCAGACGCGCUGCUCGGCUGA